AUGGAUGCACAGAAUCCACAGCUAUUGAAUCCUAUCUUUGAAAGAAGGAAGAGGCAUAUGCCAAAGAAGAACGGCAUUUACUAUAGGAGGAAGGAAGGAAGCCAGGGACACGUGUCCUCGUUUUAUCUGAGUGAGGAUUUGAUUUGUCUCGCUCCUCUUUCUGGACAAGCUGAGAUAGAUGCUCUUUCAGGUCUUCGUUUUAGGGUUCCAAACCUGACUCUAACAAGGCCUUUAUCGAAAAGCUUCAUCGCUCGGAUUUGUGCUGUGGCUGUUAACCCCUACACUGGGGAGCAAACUGCCUAUCUGGGAGGCUUUCGAUGGGCCUAUUGGGGUAAAAUUCUAACUUCCGCUGUUGGACCAAUACCCCCCUUGUAUUCCUCCAGCUCAAAUGAAAGUGUUGAUUUUUGUUCUUCUCUAUCUGCUAUUAAUACGUAUAUCUCCCUCCUGAGAGGAAUAUUUUAUCCAUUAAAGGAGCACCUCAACAGCAGGAGCUGGUAUGGACUUUUCUUCCCUCCGUGGAUGAACCGUCUUGAUUCAUUCCUUUUCUUCCGUCAUUUAUGCACUUCUUUAGGAAAGAGCUUUGAGACUUCCUGCCCAAGGAGAUAA